GCGUGGUUUCCGUGUGAGUGGCAGGCGCAUGCUCAGUACAGUGUUCCUUGCGGGAAACUGAUCACAGGUACCGGGACCUAGGAUCGCUGCCCCUGAAAUGAUUAAAAAAUUUGACAAGAAGGACGAGGAGUCGGGAAGUGGCUCCAAUCCCUUCCAGCAUUUAGAGAAGAGCGCUGUUCUUCAGGAGGCUCGAUUAUUCAAUGAGACACCGAUAAAUCCAAGACGAUGCCUCCACAUUCUAACCAAGAUUUUGUACUUGUUGAACCAGGGUGAACAUUUUGGAACAAUGGAAGCCACAGAAGCGUUCUUUGCUAUGACCAGAUUGUUCCAGUCCAAUGAUCAAACACUGAGGAGAAUGUGUUACCUCACUAUUAAGGAAAUGGCCAAUAUAUCUGAAGAUGUCAUUAUUGUCACAAGCAGUCUGACCAAGGAUAUGACUGGGAAAGAAGAUGUCUACCGAGGCCCUGCUAUCCGAGCCCUCUGCCGGAUUACUGACGCCACCAUGUUGCAAGCAAUUGAAAGGUACAUGAAACAGGCGAUUGUGGAUAAAGUUCCCAGCGUUUCCAGUUCUGCAUUGGUGUCUUCCUUGCACAUGAUGAAAAUAAGUUAUGAUGUGGUGAAACGCUGGAUUAAUGAGGCUCAGGAGGCUGCUUCUAGUGACAACAUCAUGGUCCAGUACCAUGCGCUGGGACUGCUCUACUAUCUGAGAAAGAACGACCGUCUUUCUGUUGCAAAAAUGAUUAACAAGUUUACUAAAUCCGGCCUGAAGUCUCCUUUUGCAUACUGCAUGUUAAUCCGAAUUGCUAGCCGUUUGCUGGAAGAGUCGGAUGAAGGGCAUACCAGUCCUUUGUUUGACUUCAUUGAGAGCUGCCUUAGAAACAAACAUGAAAUGGUAGUAUAUGAGGCAGCUUCAGCGAUUAUUCACCUGCCCAACUGCACGGCAAGGGAGUUGGCCCCAGCAGUCUCGGUUCUGCAGCUAUUCUGCAGCUCUCCAAAACCUGCUUUAAGGUAUGCCGCAGUAAGGACUCUGAACAAGGUGGCAAUGAAACAUCCUUCUGCAGUCACGGCAUGUAACCUGGACCUGGAAAACCUCAUUACGGAUUCCAACCGCAGCAUUGCAACCCUCGCUAUCACCACACUGCUGAAAACUGGCAGCGAGAGCAGCGUUGACAGGCUAAUGAAACAGAUCUCCACCUUUGUGUCUGAGAUUUCUGAUGAAUUUAAAGUUGUGGUUGUACAAGCAAUUAGUGCCUUAUGCCAGAAAUAUCCACGGAAACAUACAGUGAUGAUGACGUUUUUGUCAAACAUGCUUAGAGAUGAUGGUGGUUUUGAAUACAAGCGGGCAAUAGUGGACUGCAUUAUCAGCAUUAUAGAGGAGAACCCAGAUAGCAAAGAAUCUGGGCUAGCUCAUCUGUGCGAGUUCAUUGAGGACUGUGAACAUACUGUCCUUGCCACAAAGAUAUUGCACUUAUUGGGCAGAGAAGGUCCUCGAACACCUAGCCCUUCCAAAUAUAUCCGCUUUGUUUUUAACAGGGUGGUCCUGGAAAAUGAGGCUGUAAGAGCAGCUGCUGUUAGUGCAUUAGCAAAGUUUGGUGCCCAGAAUGAAAAUCUUCUUCCUAGUGUUUUGGUUCUCCUACAGAGGUGUAUGAUGGACAGUGACGAUGAAGUCCGGGACAGAGCAACAUUUUACUUCAAUGUUCUGAAGCAGAAACAGUUAAACCUCAAUGCCGCCUAUAUUUUGAAUGGACUGACUGUGUCUGUUCUGGGAAUGGAGAAGGCUUUACACCAGUACACUCUAGAACCAUCAGAAAAACCAUUUGAUUUGAAAUCUGUUCCUUUAUCCACAGUUCCUCUGGUGGAACAAAAAGCAGAUCUCACUUCAGUGGCUGGUAAGCAGCUUGGUAAAACCAUACCUGCUCGCCAAGACAUAUAUCAAGAACAACUGGCAGCCAUUCCAGAAUUCAAAAAUCUGGGGCCACUUUUUAAGUCCUCUGAGCCCCUACAACUCACAGAAGCAGAAACGGAAUACUUUGUGCGCUGUAUUAAGCAUGUCUUUACAGAUCAUAUUGUAUUUCAGUUUGACUGUACCAAUACCCUGAAUGAUCAAUUCUUAGAAAAGGUUAUUGUUCAAGUGGAGCCUUCAGAAGGAUAUGAAGUGGUCUGUUAUGUCCCAGCACCAAGUCUCCCUUACAAUCAGCCUGGCAUAUGCUACACUCUGGUCAGACUCCCUGAGGAUGAGUCCUCAGCAGUGUCUUGCACAUUUAACUGCACAAUGAAGUUUGUUGUCAAAGACUGUGAUCCUCAUACAGGAGUUCCUGAUGAUGACGGUUACAGCGAUGAAUAUGUGCUUGAAGACUUGGAGGUUACUAUAGAAGACCACAUUCAAAAGGUGUUAAAGCCAAAUUUUGGUGCUGCAUGGGAUGAGGUUGGAGAUGCCUAUGAGAAAGAGGAGACCUUCGCACUCAGUACUACUAAAACCUUGGAAGAUGCUGUUACAAACAUCAUCAAGUUUCUGGGAAUGCAGCCAUGUGAGCGAUCUGACAAGGUGCCGGAGAACAAGAACUCUCAUGUGCUUUAUCUCUCAGGGGUGUAUAGAGGCUGCCAUGAUGUUUUGGUUAGGUCCAGACUUGCACUAGCUGAUGGAGUCACCAUGCAGGUAACCGUUCGGAGCACCGAUGAGACACCAGCUGAUGUCAUCCUGGCCUCUGUUGGCUGAACCUUGAAAGUAGAGUAUACAUCACAUCCACUGGUUAUUGACAUUUCUACAGUUCCGUCUCCUCUAUGAACACACCUAAGUCUUAUAUUAACAGCAGAAUGGCCCAAAAAAUCCAGGGUCCUGCUGUCACCUUGCCCAUUCCAGUUUUCUGUUUUGAAGAACCAGAUCUCUUUUAUACUUGAAUUUGUUUAUGUUAUCCUCCUAAGUGGACUCAGUACCUUUAUGCUUAUAUUCAAAAAUAUAAGUGGUCACGUCUUUACUGUUAUUUCCAAUAAAAGUACAGUAAAAAUUGUAA